CGACGGGGCGGGCGGGGCGACCGCCCCCCGGGGCCGGGCCGGGCCCGCCCGGCGCGCCGCCCGGGCCGCGUUGGGGCGCGGGCUGGGAGCGGGCCCCGUGCGGGGCAUGGUGAAGAAGCUCACGGGGAAGCACUGGGUCGUGAAGACGUCAGGCGGCAAGGCCACCUACCUGCACAGGGAGCCAAGCCGCUAUGACAGCUCGACCAACGCGGCGGGCAUGCUCAAGAACGGGCAGCUGCUCGUCGGAGAGUUCAUGCACGUCCGACGUGCUUCCAGGGAGACCGGCUUCAUCAAGGUGAGGCACAUGGAGCCCACGUGCGGCAGCACCUGGCGGGUGCGGAACGCCGACGGCGCCGCCACGACGCUGCUGCGCAGGCAGCCGCUGGAGGCGCACGACGCGGGCAACGCCGUGGGCUACGCCUCCGAGGGCGAGCUGUUGGAGUCGGAGUUCCUUUUCGUCUGCCGCGUGAACGAGAAGAAGGGGGGCUUCGUCAGGUGGAAGCACAUCAAGGCGGCCCGCGGCGCCCCCCCUGCGGCCCACGGGGCGGCGCAGCCCUCCGCCGCGCCGGCCGCGGCGCCGGCCGCGGCGCCGGCCGCGGGCGGCGGCCGCGGCGGCGCGGCGCCGAGGGGCCCGGAAUGGACGAUCCUGGACCGGGAGCACGACGGCGCGUGGCUGCGCAGGGCCCCGCGCUCCGACGUGGGCCGGGAGAACGUGGUGUGCCUGGUGCGCAACGGCGACGUGGUGGUGGGGGACCUGCUGCACGUGAGGCGCCAGAGCGCACAGGAGGGCGUCGUGCGGCUCCGGGACCUGGAGCAGCUGUCCCCCAAGUCCUGGCGGGUCCGGAGCUCCGGCGGCCUGCCGCGCACCCCGCUGUGGAGGGACCCCGCGGCGCCGCUGGACGCGGCGAACACGGUGGCCCAGGCCAAGGAGGGCGAGCAGGUGGAGGGAGAGUUCGUCUUCGUUACCCGGAGGGACGGCAAGCGGAGCGGCUACGUGCGGCGGAAGUACCUCGCCGCGGCUGGUUGAGCUCUGCCUCUGGCCGCAUCUGUGUUGUUUCCCCCUCCGUCUUCCUUUCUUCUUCCUCCUCUUGUUUGAUCUUCCAUUCUCCGUCCUCCGCCUUUCCAUCGCCCGUCGCCCUCUCGUCCUUGCGCAUCGUGCUCGGGGCCCGCGGCCCCUCCUCCGACGCCUUCCUCCUGCUCCGCUGCCGCCCGGCACCGCGCCCCGCCCCGCGAGAUCUCGCGCGAACGCGCGCCCCGACCUCGCGCAAGAGCCGUGGGAGGACCCCUCGCCCAGGGUGCGGGGAAACGUGCGCGGCAAAAAGAGUCCGGCGAUCGGCUGUGCGUAAGAGUGACUGACCCCUUCGCCGGAGUGAUCUCUGGUGUGGGCACUCUGGGCUUCUGUGCGGGCGCACAGGGGUCCUACCAGCCUCGGCUGGCGCGCUCGGUUUGCCUGGAUUUCGCCUCCCUCUCGGCCGUCUACAGCCGCGCACCAAAGGCCACUGCUGCCUAGGGUCGCUAUUACGCGUCGCAGAAGGAGCUCGGUCGGGCGGACGGCAACACGGAA